CAUGGCGAGCUACGCGGCCGCCUCGACUCUCCGAACUACUCUAAAUGUUUCUUUAAUAGACAAAGCUAUGACUUUAAAGAAAAUUCACCUUUUGUCAGUCAGUUGCGUUGGAACGGGAGUCAGUAGCUGGAGGGCAUCCUCCUCCGGCUCUGCAGCUGCAGAUGCCCCCGGCUCCAGUGACCUGCUGGACGGCUAUGGCCGCCUGGUCCAGCGCGGCUCCCUGAGGACGGAUGCUCAGCAGAGACAUGUGCUCCAGCGCCUGGCUCAGCUGCAACACACGCUUAAGAACCACAGUAACAGCAUUUACCUCAAUCCAAGAUUAAACUCUAAGGAUGACAGCUGUCAAGUUCAGAAUGAUGAUAAUGCCUGCAUCACAACUCCUCAAAAGGACGAGCCCAUUGCACCUCCACCUAAGGGCUUCUACAUUUAUGGGGAUGUUGGCACAGGGAAGACCAUGCUCAUGGAUUUGUUUUACUCCCACGUGGAGCAGAGUCGUAAAAAGCGAGUGCACUUCAACGGUUUCAUGUUGGACAUCCACAAAAGGAUCCAUCGGAGGAAACAAAGCCUGCCGAAACGAACGCUGGGGAAGAUGUUCACCUAUGACCCCAUAUCACCGGUUGCCGUGGAGAUCAGCAACGAGACCUGCCUUUUGUGUUUUGAUGAGUUUCAGGUGACUGACAUUGCUGAUGCCAUGAUCCUGAAGCAACUGUUUGAGACGCUGUUCAAAACCGGAGUGGUGGUGGUGGCCACCUCCAACAGACCCCCUGAUGAUCUGUACAAAAAUGGACUUCAGAGAGACACCUUCCUACCUUUCAUCGACGUGCUGAAGCAAUACUGCCACACCAUCUGCCUGGACUCUGGGAUCGACUACAGGAGGCUGGACAAGCCCGCAGCAGGAAAACUCUACUACCUCACAGGGGAGCCUGGAGCGGAGGCCUACUUGGAUGCUCUGUUUGAGGAGUUGGCACUGAGACAAAAGGCUGUUCGGGCCCCUCGGGUGCUGACGGUGCUGGGCAGAGAUGUGACUCUGGAGACGACCUGUGGCUCCAUCGCUGACUGCACCUUUGAUGAGCUCUGUGGUCAAGCUCUGGGUGCCAGUGAUUACCUGGAGAUGGCCCGGGUCUUUGACACCGUGUUCAUCCGCCACAUUCCCAUGCUGACGCUGUCUCUGAAGGACCAAGCCAGACGCUUCACCACUCUUAUAGACAACUUCUAUGACAACAAGGUGAGAGUCGUGCUUCUGGCGGCAGCUCCUUUAGACCAGCUGUUUGGCCAUACCGGAGGAGAGGACGAAAGAGAUCGACAGCUGCUGGAUGACCUGGGCCUCAGUGGGGAUGCAGCAGAGCGGCUGACUCUGUUCACGGCUGAGGAGGAGAUCUUUGCCUUCCAGAGGACCAUCUCUAGACUCAGUGAUAUGCAGACUGAGCAAUAUUGGAUGGAGGGAGAUCGCAGUUACAGAAAGAGACAUGUGAACACCUAACAUAUGUUGCAAGCUGUCCUGAUAAUGAUCUACCUCCAGACUGCAUAGUGCCUCACAAACUAACUACACUCCAUGAGAGAAAAGGAUCACAUAAUUUGGGGCAAAUCAAGUCAAUUGUUUUCAGUGUGAGCAGAUCUAUUCAGCAGUAAAGUUACAGAUAACAAAGCAAAACUUGCACAGUAGCGGUUUGGUUUUAGUUAUCUUCGUUUUUUUCACAUGCCUUGUACCUGUUUUUUUCUGUUAGGUCAUUUUCUAUAAAGUGUGCUCUCUCCCCCUUGUGGUUAAUUUGGAAAAUAAAUGUGUAUGAAUCAUGAAGCAAACAGGUGCUCAACAGGGAGAAGGAACCAAGUGUCCCCUACUGUGAGCGCUUACUGCCCUCUAGUGGUGGGUCUCUGUGGCUGUUUUAAGAUCUGGUAUAGAUGUAAGAUCUUAUUCGUGAUACUAACGCAUGUAAAUAAUAACUGGAAUUUAUUUAAUACAGGUCAAGAUUUUAAACAAAUUAGAACUGGUUUUGGCUAACUGUAUCAACAGCAGUUUCUAUUUCACAUUUGAAAUGUAAAAUUUCUCUUCAAUUAUUUACAUGCAUUGCUGAAUAUUUUUCAAACUGCAUUCCCUGUGUUUAAUGGCAUCAUGCCAUGGGAUUAUGUGAAUCAGUAGAUCAAUACCCAAACUAAUUACUGUAAAAUUUAAACUGACACAGGGGUGAAAAAAGUAAGAUAGGCAAAUUGGAUGCAAAAAGCACUUAUAUUACAUGCAAAAGUUGAUACAAUAUGGAAAAUGUUCACUUUGUGUCACUUUUUUUAUUUGAUCACCAUAUAUGUUCAUUAUUUACAUUUAAAGUUUUUUAUGCAAAUUAAUAUUUCUGUUAAGUGCGAUGACAACAAUUACAUUUUUGGAUGGAGACAUUCAAUCCUUAAUGUUGCAAUUUUAAAUGAAUUGACUUCUACAGCACUGUGUUGCUCCAAUCUGAAAACAACCAUUACCUUUUUUAUUUAAUAACAUUUCUAACAUCACCAAAACCUUAAAUGUGCAAUGUUUGUUAAAAUAUACUGAAUGACUUCUCGAGAUCUUUUCACAAUUACUUGGCAGUGAUCAAUUGUAGUUUUACCCGUGUUGGUCCAUAGGUGGCAGCAGAAAUCAACCAAUUCCCGACGGUUUAUUAUUGUCCAUCCAAGGAUGAGGUCAUCCUUGUGCACCACUCCAGCCUGGACCAGCCCGCUUUGAUAACGAUUACAAUAUCUAAACCGAGAGCGUUAUAUAAGAUACUGUGUUUGUGAGAAGAGGCCAACUUGACAGUGUCAUGGAACAAGUACAGACAUGCCAAUGUGAUGUUUGUUAUCUAAUUGUUAUCCUAUUAGAUUCAAGGGGCACUGCAGGUGGACGUGUUUGUGUGCAUGGAAACACGCGUGACUCAUUUGCAAGCCUUCGUCUCUCCCCCCACCAGAAUUAUCAGUUAAAGGAGUUCAAGUCCUGUAAUGCCAUAAGGCAUCUUGGUCUGAUCAGAGCAUUACGUUUACAUGGAAACCUCAGAUGCAACCAGAGAUGGUAGACAUGCUGUGAUUGUCUGAUCUGGCUUAGAGGACUAGUCGUCAUCCCCUCUGGACUACAGAGCUCAUACCCCAUGCUGACAUAAGGGGAAAUGAGAUGCUUCACCUUUUUUAUCUCUUUUUCACUCUCAUCACUUUAAGAAGGAACCAUAUAGAUGUCAGCUGAUACAUUUGUGCACCAAGGUUUUCUUCGGGUUAACCACUCUUUUGUAUUUAUAUUGCUGAUAAGAACAGACGGGGAUCUUGCACCAUGAAGCUGGCUUGGUGUUCAAUCAGGCAUGACAACAAAACACACCUAUGAGUUAUUUUCUGUCAUGUCAAAACAGUCUCUCUUUUUUUUUUAACCAUUAUUUUCAAAUCAGCACAAUAUAUCUAAAGAUUAUAUUUAGUUCUGAGAAAAGUUUGCUUCGUGGUUGAAUGAACCUGGGUGAAACAAAGGUUCAGGUGGAUAUAAAGUAAUCUGAAAAUAGGAACACCUUUAUCUGAGUCUGGUACAGCUGACCUUUGUACAUGAAGGAUUUCUGUGCACUGACACAAACCAACAAACGUCUAAAGCCUCAUGCUGUAUAACGGGCAAAGUUAACUCUGCAGGAGCCAAACUGCAGCAUCAGGUAUUCUCUUUAAUGUGCAGGGAACAAAAACGUUCACACACAAUGUGUGAAUGAGUGCAGCGACGGUCACCCAUAAUCCUGUGCUUUAAAUAUGACUUUGAGCUGUACCAGAAUGUCUGAAUAAAUGUGUGUCAUGGAGAAACACCAAUCUGAAUCCUUUUUGAGGGCUUUUGUUAAGGAUCAUCUGGUUGAGAGGGAAACUAAGUACAAUAUUCAGUAUUUAUAACAAUGAAUGUUGUUGAUGUUAUUAAUUUAAAAAAAAACGACAAACACGAAACAUAAAUCAAUGUUGCAAAACUGAAGGUUAUAUUUGUCAGGAUCAGCCGCGAAGGCGCAUUCCUGCACAGCGACGGCGGGCACGCGCAUCACGAACGCCAGGCGCGCCCCCGACGAGACAAAGAAGACGUUCACGA